AUGUUACUGAAAAAAAGACUUUCGUCGGGGCUUACAGCUACCCACAAAGUCUUUGUGAGGUCUAGACACGGUGGAUGCACCAAAAUCGUCAGAGAACACUACUUGAGAAACGAUAUACCUUGCUAUUCAAAGCUUUGCACGAAAUGCCCAGAUAUUGUCAAGCCAGAUGCCCAAGGUAACCUACCUGAAUUUAUUUUGUCAGAUUCUCCGUUGAAAUUGAAAGACGGUAUAGGUCAUUAUGUGAUUGUCGACACCAAUGUUGUCUUACAGGCGAUAGAUCUUCUAGAGCACCCAGACUGCUUUUAUGAUGUGAUUAUUCCUCAAGUAGUCCUUGAAGAAGUGAAAAACAGGUCUUUUCCAAUAUACCAGAGACUUAGGGCUUUGGUGAAAGCGGCAGAUAAGAGAUUUGUUGUGUUUCACAAUGAAUUUAAGGAGGAAACAUAUGUCAAUCGUCAGAAAAACGAGACCAUAAACGAUAGAAACGAUAGAGCUAUAAGAAGGUGCGUGAAGUGGUAUCAUGAUCAUUUGAACAACAAUAACAGCAAGAUCCCUGUUAAUAUUGUGUUCGUGUGUAACGAUAGAGACAACAGAGAGAAGGCUAGCAAGGAAGGUUCAGACGCAAGGUCUUUGGUCGACUACGUUGAGAGCUUGCCUAAGGGUGAAGAGCUCAGGGAGUUGAUCCCUACUGAGAAUGAAUCUUUUGACAAGAAUGCUGAUGAGAUCUCUUUCCCAGAAUACUACUCUACCUCCAGAACCAUGGCAGGUAUUAGAAAUGGUACCUUGUAUCAGGGUAUCAUGAACAUCUCAACAUAUAACAUAUUGGAGGGUACUGUCAGCACGCCUGCGUUCAAGAAGCCUCUUUUGAUCGUGGGUACACACAACCUUAAUCGUGCGUUCAACGGCGAUCUCGUUAUUGUGGAGUUACUUCCCAAAGACAAAUGGAGGGAGCCUUCGUCCACCAUCGUCGAGGAAAGCGCCAUAGGUGCCAACGAUAAUCCAGAUGAGGAUGCCAAGGAGAGUGUCAUCUCGGACAAAGAACGUCGUGUGUUGGCUCAGGAAGCCCUCAAAGCAACAUCUGCUAAGGAAAGAAGACUUCAGCCUACCGCUAGAGUUGUUGGCAUCACAAGAAGAUCAUGGAGAUUCUACGUGGGUCAGAUAGCGCCAUCAUCAGUAUCCCUCGAGGAUGAUACUGGUAACUCCUCCAAGACCUGUUUCGUCAUUCUCAUGGAUAAGCUUCUUCCCAAAAUCCGUAUCAAGACGAGAAAGGCGAAGGAUCUUUUAGGUCAAAGAAUUGUUGUUUCUGUUGACUCUUGGCCAGCAGACUCAAAGUACCCACAAGGUCACUUUGUGAGAAGUUUGGGUGAGAUCGAGAGUGUUCAGGCUGAAACGGAGGCAUUACUUCUUGAACACGAUGUCGAGUACAGACCGUUCUCCAAGGCUGUCUUGGACUGUUUGCCCAAGGAGGGUGAGAACUGGACGGUUCCUGAGAAAUUGGAUACAGACGAACAGUUGAAGAAGAGGGUUGAUUUGAGAGACAAACUCGUUUGCUCCAUUGAUCCACCAGGAUGUGUGGAUAUUGACGAUGCUCUUCACGCCAGGCAGCUUCCAAAUGGUAAUUAUGAGGUUGGUGUUCACAUUGCAGACGUAACGCAUUUCGUGAAGCCAAAUACUGCUCUCGACAAUGAAGGUGCGGCUCGUGGUACUUCUGUCUAUUUGGUUGAUAAGAGAAUCGAUAUGUUGCCCAUGCUUCUUGGUACGAACUUGUGUUCUCUUAAGCCUUACGUUGACAGAUUUGCCUUUUCGGUCAUCUGGGAAGUCGAUGAGAAUGCAGACAUUGUGAACGUCAACUUCAUGAAGUCGAUAAUCAAAUCGAGGGAAGCAUUCUCCUACGAGCAAGCACAAAACAGAAUAGACGAUCCUUCACAGCAAGAUGAGCUCACGAAGUCGAUGAGAAUUCUCCUUAAGCUCUCCAAAUUGCUCAAGCAAAAAAGGCUUGACGCUGGUGCAUUAAACUUAGCAUCCCCUGAGGUCAAGGUGCACAUGGAUAGCGAAACGUCCGAUCCUGGUGAGGUCGAGAUCAAGAAAUUGUUGGAGACAAACUCUUUGGUUGAAGAGUUUAUGUUGUUUGCCAACAUUUCUGUUGCUCGAAAGAUCUACGAUGCAUACCCACAAACUGCCAUGUUGAGAAGACACGCCGGACCGCCAGCCACUAAUUUCGAGGAACUCAAUGAAAUGUUGAGGGUGAGGAAAAACGGAUUGACCAUCUCUUUGGAGUCGUCGAAGGCUCUUGCGGACUCCUUAGACAGAUGUGUCGAUAAUAAGGAUCCGUAUUUCAACACACUCAUACGUAUCAUGUCCACACGCUGCAUGAUGGCGGCUCAGUAUUUUUCUUCAGGCUCCUACGGGUACCCUGAUUUCAAGCAUUACGGUCUUGCAGUCGACAUAUACACGCACUUCACCUCGCCAAUCAGACGUUAUUGUGACGUUGUCGCCCACAGACAGCUUGCUGGAGCCAUAGGUUACGAGAUGUUAGACUUGAGCCAUAGAGACAAGGGAAAGAUGGAGUUGAUUGUGAGAAACAUCAACAAGAAGCACAGAAACGCCCAGUUUGCCGGUAGAGCCAGUAUAGAGUACUACGUUGGCCAGGUGAUGAAGAAUAACGAGGAGAACCAGGAAGGGUAUGUGAUCAAGUGUUUCAACAACGGUAUCGUUGUACUUGUUCCUAAAUUUGGUAUUGAAGGGUUGAUUAAGUUAGAAGUCUUGGGAGACAUGAACACUGCAGAGUACAACGAGGAGAAGUACGAGUUGACCUUCACUGACUUCAAGGGCAAGAGAAGAACUAUUGCCGUGUUUGACAAGGUAACGGUCGAGGUGAAGUCCGUCAAGGACGAAGUUAGCGGAAAGAGAAAGGCACAACUUUCGUUGGCAUAA